AUGAUUAAAGAUUCAUUUCCAUUUGUGGAAGAACUUAAACAAUUAGAAACCGGAAGUUUACAAGGAAGAAUGGUACCGUUUGACGUUGCCAGUGCUCCUGGGUCUGGUAAAGGAACCCAGGCUCAAUUACUAAGUAAAUUAUUAGAUAUUCAACAUAUUUCAACAGGAGAUUUAUGUAGAAAUGAAAUCAAAAUACAAUCAGAAUUAGGUAUUAUUAUUCAAUCUUAUUUAGAAAAAGGUUUACAUGCCCCAGCUAGUAUAACUGAUCCAGUAUUAAUCAAAUGUUUUAAUAAUAUUGAUCAAGAUAAAGGAUUUUUAUUAGAUGGUUAUCCAAGAACAUUUGAUCAAGUAAUAGAAGCUAAAACAUUAUUAGAUAAAUGUGGCAGAAAAAUAGAUAGAGUUAUUUAUAUAGAUGUAUCAGAAAAUAUUCUUACUGAACGAUUAAAAUUACGCUUAAUUUGUCCAACAUGUUCAUCAGGUGGUCAUAUUAAUAGUAAAGAUAUAAAUGAAAAAGUUUUGUGUCAAAAAUGUGGAAUACCUUUGGAAAAACGUGUUGAUGAUAGUAAAGAUGAUAUUAUUAAAACGAGAAUAUCAACUUUUCAAAACAAUAGUGAGAAAUUAUUAUCAGAAUUUCAGAGCCAAGGUAUACUAUAUAAAAUUGAUGGAGCCCAAAGUAUUGUACAAGUUUAUGAAAAUAUAGUUACGUCUUUAUCAUUAUCAGUUAAAACAGUGUCUGAAAACGGUAUCGUCAAAUGA